UAUUUUCAGGUUGACUUAACUUCCCCUCAUGGUCUUCCUCUCAAACGAGUCCCAAAAGUGCAUUAACAACUUAUUUUGCAGGAGCAUCCAUGGAAGGACAUGUUCAGUACCCCAGAAUCCAAGUCGAAGACGAUCAUCCGAAAUCACUUGCCCACCCUAUUUCUGGAGAGGUGGAGGAACACGGGCAAAACAAUAAUCUUAUUCAUAGAAAGGAUUUUGUGCUAGAAGAGAAGAUGCCGCUAAGAAGUUGUGAAAAUGAAGAAGGACCUCAAGGCGCAGGAGCAAAUAGUGAUCUGCAAGGGGUUUCACAAGCUGGGCAUCAGAAACAGGGUAAAUGCUUCUAUUAUGAUACACCUUUGUGUGAAGAAACUGGGAUGUGGAUACCUGUGUCUGUUCCGCCCCUGCCUGAAAGUGAACUGGAAGGAUGGAAUAGAGGACUCUCGGUUAAUGGGGGUUACUUUCCAGACGAAGACAUGGGCUGGAAUCAGUUCAUUGGACAAAGUAAGGAACUGACUAUGUGGGAUGUGGUUACUGAGAUGCUGGUUGCAGCUCGAGGGAAAGUGAGUUCUGUUGUUUCAAAAGAUGUUCAUAGAGGUAAAACAUCUUGGAUGUCAAAUCACCUUCUUGAGCAGGCCUGGAAGGAAAUGGCUCAAACUCUUACAGAGGCUAAUUUUGGCAACAUCAUGGAAAUUCUUGAAGCAGAGCCACCCAAAUGGUUGCCUGACAGUUCUGCUUCUGCUUGCAUGCUGUGUAGUGUGCGGUUCCAUCCAAUCAUGUGUUCCAGGCACCACUGUCGUUUUUGUGGAGGGAUAUUUUGUAAUAAGUGCUCGAAGGGAAGGAGCUUGUUGCCCAAGAAGUUCCAUACACAAAACCCUCAACGCGUCUGUGAUGUCUGUUGUGUACGUCUGGAGUCUGUUCAACCAUACUUGAUGGACCAAGUAAGUCGAGCUGCUCAAUUGCCAACUCAUGAUCUGACUGACCUCAGUACUUUAAGAUCGUGGCUUAAUUUCCCAUGGGGCCAGUCAAUGGAAUAUGAGAUAUACAAGGCUGCAAACAUCAUUCAGGGAUAUAACAAGGUAGGCUCUUUGGUACCUGAAAAGUCCAUACCUGAUGCUAUUUUAAAGCACGCAAAGGGCCUUGCAAUCCUUUCUGUGGCGAAGGUUGGUGCCAUGGUGACAUACAACAUAGGAACAGGGCUGGUUGUAGCACGCAAGGAAGAUGGGUUAUGGUCUCCACCAUCUGCCAUUUCUACCUUUGGUAUUGGCUGGGGAGUGCAGAUGGGAGGGGAAUUGACAGAUUUCAUAAUUGUGCUGAGAACUACCGGUGCUGUUAAGACAUUUAGUGGAAAUGUGCAUUUCUCGGUUGGAGCUGGUCUGAGUGCAGCUGCUGGCAUUGUUGGACGAGCUGCUGAAGCUGAUCUACGUGCUGGUGAUGCUGGUUAUGCGGCUUGCUAUACAUACAGCUGCAGUAAAGGUGCAUUCGUUGGUUGCUCACUUCAAGGGAGUAUGGUCACGACUCGAUCGCAAGAAAAUUGUAGAUUCUAUGGAAAUCAAGUUAUCAAGGCAUCAGAUAUUCUACUUGGGUCAUUGCCUAGGCCUCCUGCUGCUAACAUACUUUACCAUGCCCUUUCAAACCUAUUUGGGAAGCAGGAGAGGUGAGUGGUAAUAAGUUCUGGCUUUGGAACACUUCAUGAUGUUUUGCUGGGCAUCUAUUUGUACAUUCUAAUGCUCUGAUCUCUCUCUUUCAAACCCUAUAAUUCAUUGUUCAAUAUGAAUAACUUGGAUCUCACAUGAUUUGUACUGAUUAAAGAAUUGUGGGAAAUUAGAUGAUUACUCCUGUAGGCCUGUAUAAAAUGUCUUAUAUGCCCUUAAAUGAAAAUAAAUAGCAUGAUAACGUAUAUGAUGAAUCUAGGAACUUUUGCUUGCAUUGUA